ACUAAAUUGGACAGUUAAAUGUUGAAGCGUUUUAUAUCCACAACUAUAUUAAUUAAAUUCUCAUUCUGAAGAAAUAAGUGAACUAAUAAAUAUGUUUUACCAACCAUUUCUUGUACUUUUUCUGAUGUCUUACAUUAAGGUGGCAACUCCUGCUAGUGAUACUAUAUCUCAAGAGGUUAUAAUUUGCGAGGGUAAAUACAAUAAAAUCGUAUGUCCAGAAAAAAUGAAGAUGAGAAUAUUAUCAGCAUUUUACGGAAAUGUUGGCUAUAGUGUUUGUGGUAGUAUGAGAAAUAUAGAGUGUUACAACCCCAAAGCACUGGCUAAAGUGCAUAAAACAUGUCACAAAAAACAAGAAUGUAUUUUGGUGGCAGAUAACGGCAUUCUUGGGGAUAAUUGUCCAGCUGGAAAUAAUCACCUAAGGGUCGGAUUCACUUGUAAAAAAUAAUACACAUAAUGUAAUUCACAUAGAAACAAUAUAAAUAUGUUUAUAUUUGGCAAAUAAAUUUAAAUAUGUGACCAAUCAAGAA